AUGGCUGCAACCACAAACCCCCUCCAUGCGACCCCGCGCUCUACCCAGCGCCCCGUUUCCUCUCAUACCUUUACCAUCGCCGGCAUCCUUGUCGACGUCCAUGGUCUCGAUGAAAUACCUGCCUCUGCCUCUUCGACCGCUUGCCUAUGGCUCCUCAAUCCGCGCUUGCAGACGAAAGAAACCAUGGAGCCAAUUGCCAACCGCGUCAUCACAGAAUGGAACAAGCGCAUACAAGAGGGCCGCGCAGGCAAGAACCCCAAAGGCCUCAUAGCCGCUGCAUUCGACCAGCGCAACCAUGGCUCCCGAAAAGUUGACGAGCUGCACAACCAAGCUUGGAGAGAGGGAAAUGAGCGACAUGCCCAAGACAUGUUUGGCUGCUACCACGGCACCGCUACCGACACCUCACAGCUCAUCAACCACCUCGAGUCCUACAUAUUCACAGCCCCGGACACCCCAAAGAUCACACACCACUAUGCCCUCGGAAUCUCACUUGGUGGCCACGCAACCUGGCACUGUCUGCUAGGCGACCCGCGCAUCACUGCCGGUGUCGUAGGCAUAGGCUGUCCAGACUACACCCGUCUCAUGACCGACCGCGCACGUCUGUCCAAGCGAGAGUCAUACACAAGUACCACACCGCCCGGAGCUGCCUUCUUUGGAUCACCUGAUUUUCCACAGGCCCUACAGGACGCCAUUGCCCAGUACGAUCCAGCGGGUCUAAUGCUCCCGGGCAUGUUCAACCCCAUAGGCGAUGACAGGCAACCAGACCAGGCACAGUUGGAUCGUAUGAAGACUAUUAUGAGAGAGCGACUACAGGGAAAGCGCAUACUAAACCUUAGUGGCAAGAUUGACAAGCUGGUCCCGUACGCAGCGGGUGAACCUUUUCUGAGCCACUUCAAGCGCAUCAUUGCAGAAGAUUCUGGUCUCGAUAUCUCAUUUGAGGAUGUCCUGUUUGAUGGCGUCGGCCAUGCAUUUCCACAAGCCAUGGCUGAUAAAGCUGCAGACUGGCUCUGCGAUACCCUAGCAAAAGACGAUGCUAGCCCCGUGUCGAGUAAGAUAUAG